AUGACCCUCGCCGUCUUCUACGUUGACGACACGGUCUGGCACGAGCGUCUCCUCUUAUGGCAGCUGUCUCCAGGUUGCUGGUACAUUCUUACACCUGACCUUGAUCUCUAUCCUGAAGACCUGACCAUGACUGGCGGUGAUGGCCCUGUUAAGAUCAAGGUGAAGGGCAAGGAUUUUAGAUACUGGUCCAGAGUGGGUGGUACUGGCUACCGGUUUGCUGAGCCAGUGAAGAGCGAUGAAGUUUUGAAAUCCUACAUCAAGCAAGCCUUUCGUGAAGGCCAGGCUGAAGAGUCCUUUGACCCUGACUGGCGCCCCGAGCACAUCAUGGACGCCAAAGGAGGCUUGCAGAAAAGCAGUGAAUUCUUGGGAAGCACACUGGUCCCUCGGAGAAUGCGUGGUAGGGGCACAGGCAUUUUGGAUGGUGCACCAGCUGACUCUUCUGCUGUGGAGGUCUCUGGAGCGAAGGUCGGCCCCAUUGUGCCGGCUUCUGAUUCUCAUGUGUGGCUGUGCUUAGAGAACAUUGACGAUCUCAAGUUUGGGCAGACUGUCGGGGUGAACCCCGCCACUGACUUGAUGAUUGAUGACCACACUGGCCUGGUGCGCACCAGGAGUGGUUGGGCGAAGGUAGAGCUUUGGUCCGCAACAGAAGCGCCUGAGUUCUUGGAAUCCCGCAAGAUGCCUUCUGUUACACCGCCUGUUGCGCCCGUGUCAGUGCAAAGCAAGGAGCCUUCUGAGGAGUCUUCUGGAGACGCGCGCACCUUGUUCGUCGACUUCGACGCGCAAGGCGUGCGCUAUAAGGAAUGGCGCACGGUUGUCCAGGAAAGUGUUGAAUAUUCCUAUCCUGAUUGGCCUCACUCUGGGCCGACAACUGUUUUGCACCUGCUGAAGCACAUGCACAAAUACGGGGGUGACCCCAAGCAGUGGCUAGAAUUGUGGUGUAGGCAGAAGGGCAUUUCCGAACAAGACCGUGUGAAGCAUGAGCUGCGCUGCUUAAUGGAGGCAUUCUACUUGGGGGGCACCUACGAUCAGUUGAAUUUGCCUGUGAUCUCCGCCUUUGAGACCAUUGCCCGUCGGGUGCAAUGCAUUGUGGAUGCGUAUGCCCAAGGGUCCAGCAGCUCCCCUGACUGGGGAAACGCUCGGCUCUUCACCGGCUACGUCGGACCAGAUGAUUUGAUCAUGCCGCAGCUGAAGAGUUGGGCUGCGAGAAAAGGAAAAGAAGAAGUUGAGCUGUUCCAAGCCCGCAACCGCAUGAGAGACCUCCGAAGGACCUCAAGUGCUGCAGAAGAGGCUGCUGGAGCGGCUGCAGACGGCAAUGUCCCAGCCGGCGGCAACCCCAAACCCAAGCGCAGAGCAAGGGGUAAGGGGCUUGAGCCGCCGGCAGCGCCAUGUGCCGAGCUGUUCCCUUUGCCGAUGCCGGAGCCAUUGAAGAUGAUUUCUGGUUUGAGCAGAGGGUCUGGACAGAGGCUUCACGGCUUGGUCGAGAAGGCGGGUGACUUGGGUGAGCCAGGGCACAUGCCGUCGCGGGAGGCAGCCUACAAAGAGCUGCUCCACGGGUUGGAUGGCUACACCGAACCUUCAACCCCAGCUUCUCUAGCGCCCUUCAACCUCGAGCUCAUUUCCUUGCCCAGUGAUCUCACAUGCGCAAGCAGCGCCCUGGAGCUUUUGCAAGGUGAUGACCGUCGAUAUCUGGAGGAGCAAGAGCGCAUGUUGUUACCAGCUGAUUCCAUCAAGCCAGGUAGCAUGAGCAGUCCUUAUUGGGACCCAGCACUAAAGAACAACCCCCGGGAGUACCGAAGGUUUAUCCAGAAGCUCUGUAAGAUUGGGUAUUUGGAUUUCACUUUGUAUCCUUCUCAGCACGCCGGGGAUGACGACGCCAGCCCUCUUGGGCAACAGACAUUUUCUCCACCUGCGGAACUUUUCGCAGGACUCUCAGAUGUCAAAGAUUGUUUUCAUCGAGUCAAGCAGCCUCGCUGGCUGUCCAAGUAUUUCUGCCUGAUGCCAAUUGAAGCGAGGCAUGUUGGAUUGACGGGGCAAGUCGUGGACGGACUGAAGCUCCGUUCUCAAGAUUUGGUGUACCCCAUGCCAGGCAGUCUUUGCAUGGGUUUUAGUUGGAGUUUGUUCUUUGCUCAGAGAAUAAAUGAGGUGCAAAUGGAGCAUGUUCCUUCUUUGGCUUCUUCAAAGCUGAUCAAUGACCGAUCAGGCCCAGCAGUGUUUUCUCAUGAUAGUUCCAGCCAUUUAAAGCAUUUUGUCUAUGUGGACAAUCUGGGUGUGAUGUCCAAUGACCGCGAUGCCGUUGUCAAGGGCUUGGAAGAACUGUCCGAGCAGUUCACUGGCCAAAGCUUAUUGCUCCACCCAGGUGAGGUGCAACAUGAACGCAUCAAAGCAUUGGGGGUUGAGCUAGAUGGCAGGGAUCUGGUCACUCGAGUCAGCCCGGCCAGGUUCCACCGAGUUCGGCAAGGACUUCGAUUCUUGCUGCAGAGAAACCGCUGCACAGGCAGGGCUCUCGAGAUUUUGGUUGGGCAUUGCACUUAUUGUGGGUUGGUCAACCGCUGUUCUCUGAGUAUUUUCCACAGUGUGUACAAGUUUAUCAAGAAGAAUUAUUCACAGACGUGCGCUUUGUGGAAGAGUGUGGCUGCAGAGCUCCGUGCAUUUGCAGGCAUCAUGCCUGCGCUCAGGGCCGAUUGGUCCCGGCCUUGGAAUGGGGAAGUGGUAGCUUCUGACGCAAGUGAAGAGGGGUUUGGUGUGUGCAGUCGCGCAUGGCCAGCUUCACUCGCAGCCCAGGUUGGGCGCACUGCGGAACGUGAUCGUUUCAAAAGGGCGGGAGGCCACAAUGCAAGGGAGUCAGCUUUGACCUCAGCAGGUUUUGUUCGUGAUGAUGUGACAGGCCGGUGGCUCUCUGGAGACCUCGCUGACGAGGACUAUCUGGAGGCCAGUGGUUGGAAGCUCGAUGAGAAGUUUCCUGAAGUGUCUGCCACUGAGCUCACUGACCAUGAGUGGUUCACUGUCCGCCAGGGGCAGUGGCGCAAAGCUGAACACAUUGUGCACUUGGAAGCCAGGUCCCUAGUCAAAGCCAUGGAAGUCAUCGCACAAGACAGAAACAUGACGGAUUGCAGACAGCUGCUGCUGCAGAUGAGCCUAGCAGAGUUUUCUCCACAAAACCUUCGCUUUUUUCCGCAAACCGUUCAAGCUAUGUCGCCAAAGCGGUGUCCAACCUUGGCGCCACCGGCACCAGCGAUAGCCGGUUCUGCGAAGCGGGCACGCAUCUUGAGCCCAGGAGCAGUGGCAAGAGUGCCCAGUGGGAAGAGCCACAGAACACCUUUGCUGAUCAAACCAAAAACGGCAGUGCAGCUCCUUCACGUCCCUUCGGGGCCAGUGAGCCGGUUGGAGGAAGCGCCAAGAGCCAGCUCGGCUCUGAAUGCUGGCUCGGACAGCGAGCUUUCAGCGUCCACGUCCCGAUCUCUUACCCCACCGGCCCGAGGCAAGAAGUUGGUGAAAAGGAGCAAGCAACGGCUGAAGAAGUACAUAGACGAAAUCAUGUUGGCCUCCUCUCAGGGGUUAAGCCUUCUGGAGAAAAAGGCCAUCGGCAAGAGGACCGAGAAGUAUUACCUCCAAGAGUAUGCAGACCUCAUGAAGUUUGUGAGGGUCAAGGCGAAGCCUUUUCAGAGUCCUUCCGGCAUCGACCAGGGGAUCACGGAUUAUUUCAACCACCUCUUUGUGACCGGCCACCCUGCCCACAAGGGCGACAAGAUUUUGGCAGCUUUCAUGCACCAGAAUGUCAGCUACAGCAGGCAUGGAUCCCAACGGUUGCCAAAAGCUUACAGAGCCAUGAAGGGGUGGCGAAGAUUGAGCCCAGGUUCGUCAAGGAAAGCAUUUCCUUUGCCAGUGUGGUCAGCAAUCGCUUGCGAGAUGAAGCGUCGAGAUCAUACCCAGAUGGCUUUGUACACCAUGAUGGGUGUCUCAGCUUACACCAGGCCCAGCGAACUGCUCAGGUGCCGGGUGUUCUCACUCAUCAAGCCUUCGCCCCGAGUGACGGAGCACUGGUGCUUGCUGCUGAACCCCGAAGAGCUGCCCGAACGCUCCAAAACAGGGGAGUUCGACGACAGCAUCCCUUUGGACUCCGGCUAUCUGAAGCCUUGGGCCCAGCCUUUGUUCAAGGCAUUGACAACCAAAGGCGGAGGAGAGCCGUUGUGGAGCUUCGAUUAUGGCCGCUACUCCAAAGUGUUUCAGGAAGUGACCGAAGCCUUGGGUCUGGACGUCACCCCAUACCAGAUGAGACACAGUGGACCAUCAAUAGAUCGGAGCAAGGACCUUCGGCCCUUGAUAGAGGUUCAAAAGCGCGGCCGGUGGAAAAGUCACAAGAGCCUGGCUCGCUACGAGAAGUCGGCCCGUCUGGCUGCCAACUUCCAACAGCUUCCGCUGCCCGUCCAACAGCACUGCCUGCUCGCCGAGUCACUUCUCGAGGAUGUGAUGUGUGGCCGGGCCCCAAAGGGCCUGAAAGGUCAAUAUGUGGCCGACCUUUUUUCAGGCCAUGGAGGCGUUGCCAGCCAGUGUCGACUGUUAGGGUAUGCUGCAAAAGAGUGGGAACUUGAGAGAGGUGCUCAGUUUGACCUUACCCAACCCAGAGUUCUGAGACGGCUCCAACGCGACAUCAGCACUGGCUUAGUUCUAGCCGCAAUGUUAUCGCCUCCUAGUGCCAGCUUUUCAGUGGCAAAAGAUAGAACAGGUUUUUCUCGCACAGUUGAUUUUCCAUGGGGCUUGCCGCCGGAGUUCCUGAGUCCUGCUGAUUUUGAGAAAGUUCAACAUGGCAAUAGAAUUUUUCAGGCAGCCCUAAAAAUCAUCAACUGGCUUCACACACGCCGCAUUCCUUGGGUUUUGGAGAAUCCUGCAACUUCAAAGUGCUGGCUUCUCCCUGGGCUGAAAAAGUUGGAAGCUUCUUCACGAUGUGUUGCUUUCUUCACUGAUUUUUGCCAAUUUGGUGCUGCAUGGCGUAGAAGCACCAAGUUCUUGUCUGGCAAUCUUGAUGCUCAGGACGUGGAGCGAGUCUGCCGACUAUGCUCAGGCCAGGGUUGCUGUUCUCGCACACAACGGGCUCAUUUUCAGCUCACAGGUUCAAAUCACCAAGGUAUUCCUUGGGUGACUGGCUGCACGAACCUUUUGAUGAUCAGUGCAGUUUGCAGAUGUGGAUCGGUGGUGGAACUCGCUAGUACUGUGCUCAACAGCGAGUUGAAGGACCUCACCAGCCACUUCAAGGGAGAACUUCAAGAGCUGAGCGAUAAAGUGCAAGCACUAGCAACAUGGCUGAGACAAAGUGAAAUUGCUGGAACGUCGACCCCGGGACCUGUAUGUUCAAGUAAGGUUCCUUAG